AUGUCAGAUUUAUCAAAUCUCACGUUUGACUUUUUGCUUUAUGAGGUAACGCCGGUGGUGAUCUCCCUAUCCACGUUGAUUCCGUUCUUGAUUAUUCACGGCUUGAUCCUUUGCGAUUUCAUAGGAGAGUCCAACGAUAAAGCAGAGAGAUUAUUCUCUCUAAUCAUAAACAGCUAUCCAUCUUUGACACUUUACGUUUUGGAAAUCUUGAAUCUAGCCUUCCCUCUCAUGAUAUUUGUCAAAAGCCGUUUAUUUAAUCUGGACAUCUCAGCUUCAUUGAAUAAUUACACCAAACAUAUACCCGCAAAGUACAUCCAGAUAACUGUUGUGGCCAUUCAAGUGUGGAGGAUAUUGCAGGUUCUGUUUGCGCCCUCCCAAAUCCUUUUCAAAGGGCAAUCCGAUAACAACUUUGUACCAGUCGUGAUCUUUUUAGUGUUCAUCUACAACAUAAGGACCUCUGCUGUUCAGUCAGAUGAGGCUGUAGAGUCAAAAUUGGAGGAAUAUGGUUAUCAAGAGCAGGAAAACUCCAUGAUUUCUUUGCAGAAAUACUGUCUAGCGGUAGCUAUUACCUUCAAUGAAAGGUUGCUAUCGCUGAACUCCUUAAUAUCAUUUGUUCAGCUAGCCACUGGUAACUUAUCGUCAAACAUUGAAAUACUAUAUUUUCAAUACAGAGAUAUUUCGCCCAUCAUCAGUUCACAUCCUCUCUUUAACUCUUUAUUUGAAGGAUUAUUUCACAUUUACCAACUUGGUAUGCUCUCAUCUAUUUUGCUAGCAACCUGCACGAUAGAGACAAACUCAUAUUUGAGUAUGAAAAAGUUCAAGCACACAUUCUGGAUUGUUGUUAGUUUGAUAUUGAUUAUAGAAAAGGACUUCCUAUUCAUCGCCUUGAUGGAUAAGUUAGAAGACUAA